GCGGUCGCGGGGCCAGGGCUGCCCGAGGCCGAUGCCGGGGGCUGCAGCGCUGGGCGCGGCGGCGGUCGCCGCGGUGGGCGCUCUGCUCCUCCUGCGGCCAGAAGACGCGGGGCCCGGGGCUGGCCUCAGCAUGGCCGAGACCCAGGCGCUGCCGAAGCUUCGGGAAGACUUCCGGAUGCAGAAGAAAUCUGUCUUUAUUCUGGGCGCCAGCGGGGAAACGGGCAGAGUGCUCUUAAAAGAAAUCCUGGAACAGAACCUGUUUUCCAAAGUCACGCUCAUAGGCCGGAGGAAGCUCACCUUCGAGGAGGAAGCAUACAAAAACGUGAAUCAAGAAGUGGUGGACUUUGAAAAGCUGGAUGACUAUGCAUCUGCCUUCCAAGGUCAUGAUGUUGGAUUUUGUUGCCUGGGCACCACCAAAGCAAAAGCUGGCGCGGAAGGAUUUGUUCGUGUUGACCGAGAUUACGUGCUGAAGUCAGCAGAGCUGGCAAAAACUGCAGGCUGCAAACAUUUCAACUUGCUGUCCUCUCGAGGAGCCGAUAAGUCAAGCAAAUUUUUGUAUUUACAAGUUAAGGGAGAAGUAGAAGCCAGGGUUGAAGAAUUAAAAUUUGAUCGUUACUCAGUAUUUCGGCCUGGAGUCCUGCUGUGCGACAGGCAAGAAUCUCGCCCAGGUGAAUGGCUGGCUAGGAAAUUCUUUGGCUCCUUACCAAACUCUUGGGCCAGUGGCCUCUCUGUACCCAUGGUGACUCUGGUGAGAGCAAUGCUGAACAACUUGGUGAGACCAGGUGACCAGCAGAUGGAAGUCCUGGAAAGCAAGGCCAUCCACAGCCUGGGGAAAGCUGACAGCUCUCUCAAGCUGUGACCAUGCUGUGGAAAUGCUUUUGCCCGCAAAUCUCAACACUUAAUCACUCAAUCUCUACUUUCAGGGUCUAAGAAAAUGUUUGUGUACUUUACCUUUGUUGUUUCACUCUUCUCAACCCCAAAGGCCCAAGAAACAGCUGUGCUCUGUGUUCAUGGGUUUAAAGCCUGGUUGUAACACUGGUCACCCAGGAGCUUUUGAAAAAUGGAAAUUUGUUGGCCUUAUCUCAAACCUUCUGGGGCUGGAUUUGGGGGUUCUGGACAUGGGAAUCUGUAGUUCUCUUUUGUUUAAAAUUCCCUUCAAUGGGAGCCAGCUUGGAAUGGCCGUCUGCAGAGUCACAGUGGCAGUGUAAACUUUAUCAGAGUGCGGUUCUAAAGCUGCUGACAUCAUGGCCUCUUGAGUUACACAAAUGCUCAUGAACGGUGCAUACCUGGGUAAGUGAAUUCGGUGCCUUUACUGCUUCUUUAGAAUGUACUACAAAAAUAUACAGCCAAGCUUACAUAAUUUACCGGGUGAAAUAAAGAGGAAUAAAAACAAAUGGAUAAAUCCUGGA